UUCUAUCGCUUGGUUGGACCGGAUUCUCUCCAGUUUAUUCAAAAGAAACAGGAACGACCGAAACCAGAUUUGGAAGCUGAACGACAGGCUUAUACGUUGUUCUAUCGGAAAAAGACGAAAAAGGCCAACGAAAAUGGGACGCGUUUCCGAAGCGAGGAUAUUCCGAAAAGCUUCACUGAGCUGCGAGGUUUUGUAUCGCCAUUGGGAUCGAAAUCUGGUCCGCUUGACGCUCAACAAUCCCGCUCCCGAGCGUAUUAUGAGAGCAUCAUAAACGGUGAUGUGGAUGAAGAAAGCACUCGGCAGGUGAGGGAU